AUGGCCGCUGGUGUCCUGGAAAAGAAGAAGAAGAAAACGGAGGAGUAUGUCUUAAUGUUAUCUGUGAUAGAUGAAAACCUGAGCUGGUAUAUUGAUGAUAACAUAAAUAGUUACUGUACUGAUCCUGCUUCAGUGGAUAAAGAAGAUGAAGGCUUUACGGAAAGCAAUUUAAAGCACUCCAUCAAUGGAUACAUGUUUGGCAAUCUCCCUGGCCUCUCUGUAUGUGAUAACACAGAUGUAAUGUGGUACAUUUUUGCUGUGGGAAAUGAAAUAGACGUACACUCUAUCUAUUUCUAUGGUCACGUACUGACAUACCAACACAGGCGUGUAGACACUAUCAGUCUCAUUUCUGCAUCAAUGGUUCAGGCUUCAAUGUUAACACAUAAUCCCGGAAAGUGGCUUGUCACCUCUCAGGUUAAUGAACAUCUUGAAGGUGGCAUGCAGGCAAUCUAUGAAGUCAGGAACUGCUCCAAAUUGGGUCCUCCUUCUCAAUAUCAAUCCACUGUUAGACGGUAUUAUAUUGCUGCAUUAGAGAUCAUCUGGAACUAUGGUCCAACCUCAAUCAACCAAUUCACUGGGCAAAAGUUAGAUGCUCCUGGGAGUGACUCAGCAAAAUAUUUUGAGCAAAAUGAUUUGAGAAUUGGAGGAAGUUAUAUGAAAGCCGUGUAUAGGGAAUUCACAGACUCAACAUUCACUAAGGAGAAACCACGAUCCCAAAACGAAAUACAUCUUGGAAUUCUGGGACCCGUCAUUCGAGCACAGGUAGGAGAUACUAUUGAGGUUAUAUUUAAGAAUAAUGCAAGCCAUCCAUACAGCAUUCAAGUCCACGGAGUGAACCAUAGAAAAGAUAUGGAAGGUGCUGUCUACAAAACUGGCAAUAUUGUCAAUGGUCAAUCCCGUCCUUCCCACGUGGCUCCAGGAGACACUGUGACAUAUCAGUGGAAAGUACCAGACAGUGUGGCUCCCACCAGUGAAGAUCUGAACUGCAUAGCAUGGCUCUAUUACUCAUCAGUGGAUCCAGUCAAAGACACCAACUCUGGCCUUGUUGGUCCGCUAUUAGUGUGUAAUAAAUUGACUAGCACCAAUCAGACAGGUGCAGAUUACGAUUUUGUGAUGAUGCCUACUGUAUUUGAUGAGAACAAAAGCUGGUACCUGCAAGACAACAUUAAUCGAUUUGCAGGCAAACCAGAAUCCGUCAACGUGAACUAUCCUGAUUUUGUGGCGUCUAAUAAUAUGCAUUCUAUCAAUGGAUAUGUGUUGCUUCUAGGGGGAUCGGUUGCCUGUGUUUUUAAUGUGGAAUGUAUGACUACUGACCAUUACACAAGCGGAAUAAGACAGCACUACAGGGUAAAUGCAUGUGGAUGGAUCCUGUCUGGGUCCGAGCCGGAAAACGCACUUGAGGUAAGCGUAGGGGACGAACGGCCGCGUAGUCCCGUAGAGAAGGACGGGGACUGCAUACUAAUCACACGCAGCACCAGUCUUUCCCUGGAGCUACAUGGAGAUGUAUUUUUAAACCAAACAAAUACAACUAUUGGUUCUAUAUAUAAGAAAGUUGUGUAUCGGGGCUACACAGAUCAAACCUUUGCAAGACGCAUGAGAAGAACAGAAGAUGAAACGCAUUUGGGAAUUCUGGGUCCAAUCCUAUAUUGUAAUGUGGGUGAUAAAGUGAAAGUAAUAUUUAUGAACAAAGCACACAGGACAUAUUCAAUUUAUGCACAUGGCUUGAAACCAGAAAACAAACAAACAAAGCCAACUGAACCUGGUAAUAUAGAAGUAUAUACUUGGAAUGUUCCUAAACGGUCUGGCCCUAACAUCGAUGAAACGGAUUGUUUGACAUGGGCUUACUAUUCUGAUGUUGACCAAGUAAAGGAUACGUACAGUGGAUUGAUUGGAACUAUUGUGGUUUGUAAAAGAUCAUAUAAUCAAUUGGAGGCACCAGAUUUAAGAUUAGUUCUACUUUUUAUGGUGUUUGAUGAAAAUAAGUCCUGGUAUCUGGAUGAAAAUAUCCAAAAAUAUUGCUUGAAUCCCAGUGAAGUGGACAAAAAUAGUGAUGCAUUUAGAGAAAGCAAUAUGAUGCACAGUAUCAAUGGAAGAAUGUAUGGCAACACAAAACUGAUUAUGAAUGUUGGGGAUCAUGUGGUCUGGCACGUCAUGGGUAUGGGGAAUGAAGUGGAUAUACACACAGCACAUUGGCAUGGCCACAGCAUGAAAUUUACGAGGGGCCGCAAACUCCAGACAGAUAUAUUUGAACUUCUUCCUGGCACUUUCCAAACUGCUUCAAUGAUAGCUAGGAGACCAGGAACAUGGCUUUUGCACUGCCAUGUGGAUGACCAUCUAUAUGCUGGAAUGGUGACAGUGUACACUGUAAAAGAUAGAACAUCCUGGCUGCAGCUGUUUGCAUACAUCUGUGAUCCCAGAAUCUGCAGACUCUUGGCGCAGGAAUUCACUGUUCGGCUCUAA